AUGGGUACUAUGCUUCACUACGCUGUCACUGGUGCAUUCAUCAGUACCGCCAUCGCCAUUGGUGUGACGUUCGUAAUCAUCUUCGACGUCAUUAGCGACAUCAACGAAUUCCAAAGGGACAUCGAAAAAGAUCUCGAAUCAAUUUCCAGCGUUAGCAAAUUAGAACUGAAUUAUCUAAAGUUACUAUCGAUGUACAGCAACAUAGCACGAGCAUGGAAAACAAUGAUGGGAGCUCAGCAGAACGAAGGCGGUUCGGUCUUUAGCUCAGGCCAGAAUUCGAAGAGGUGGCAGCUACGUUGGGCGGAGGUGGUGGUGGCGCGUAUGCAGCACGCGGGAGUGGAGGCUACGCAAGGUGGUGGUGGAGGUUGUGCAUGCGCAGCUAAAGCAUCGGGUUGCCCACGAGGACCACCAGGACCUCCUGGCCAACCUGGCCUGCCAGGAGAUGAUGGUCUGCAAGGUCUUCCUGGAAGAGCAGGAGCAGGUGGUCUUGCAGCAGAAGGAGGUCACGGUGGAGGUUGUAUCUCGUGUCCAGCCGGACCACCAGGUGAACCAGGACCGGAUGGAGCUCCCGGCCCAGCUGGACCCGCAGGAAAUCCCGGACAAGACGGAGAAAGCCUUGGAGGAGGAAUGCCAGGACCUCCCGGUCCUCCAGGAGCACCUGGAUCUGAUGGACAACCUGGCAGCCCUGGACAAGAUGGAAACCUGGAGCACCAGGUGAGAACGAGAUCAACCAGUCAACCAGGACCAGCGGGACCACCUGGACCGGCAGGAGCACCUGGAAUGCCAGGACAAGACGGUGGUCAUAAUGGUGCAGGAGCACCAGGACCUGCCGGACCUCCCGGCGCUCCAGGUAACGACGGAGCACCAGGAGCACCAGGCUCUCCCGGAGCAGCUGGUAGCAGCGGAGGUCCAGGAGCUGAUGCCGCGUACUGUCCAUGUCCUGCUCGUGCUGGGGCUGUCGGAGGCGGUGGUGGUAGUUAUGGCGGCUCUACUUCAUACUCCGGUGGUGCAAGACCCGCAGCUGCAGCGAGGCAACAAGCUCAUGCUGCCGGAAGAUCAUACUCAACUGGAGCUCACAAUCAAGGUGCUCUCCACAAAAAACGCCGUGUCGUUCACGCCGCUGCUUAG